AUGAUCCAUGUUCAUCUUCAAUUGGAGCAAUUGUGGUGGUUGGAUCUUGGACCUGAUCCAAAUGUAAACUAUUACAAAAUACAGUAUGAAGCUCUUUGCAUUCAUGAGAAUCCAAGAUGCAUUUUCAUUGCUACUAACAAUGGUGCCACUAUCAAUAUGACUAAUUUACAAGAAUGUUCAGGUGUUGGGUGCAUGGUUGCUGUUGUUUAUGGAGCAACAAAGAAAGAGCUAACUGUAGUCGGAAAACCACCAAUCUUUUUGAUGGAUUUAUUACAAAAGAUGUAUCAAAUCCACCAUCCAAUCAAAAUUAAAACACGGAACUCCAAGAUUCUAAGAAGAAAAAUAAAACUUAUACAACGUUAGAGUGCAUGACAAAAAUGUUGGAAAUAUAGUUCUUAGUUUAUGUGUAAAGUCUUGUAUAUAUGAUGUAUCUUUUGAUUACAAGUUAAU